GCAGAGCUGUCAAAUAUAAAGUUUGAAGUUUCAUUGUUUGAUGAUUUAAAAUUUUCUUUUUAUAAAAAACACUGCUUUCUAGAUCUUAUAGAUGUUUUAAAACACAUUCAUAUUUAAAAAGAUGGUAAAACUAACAGCAGAAAUAAUUCAAAACUCCAUGCAAUACAUAAAUCCAGUCAAAGAUAGAGAACUGGAUUUGAGAGGCUAUCGAAUACCUGAAAUUGAAAACCUAGGAGCUACAGGAGAUCAGUUUGAUACAAUUGAUUUUUCAGAAAAUGAUGUCAGAAAGUUAGAUGGCUUUCCAUAUUUACCUCGGAUAAAAUGUUUACUGAUGAAUAAUAACCGCAUAGUACGUAUUGGAGAACAGUUACAGGAAUACAUCCCCAAUUUAGAAACCCUUGUAUUGACUGGAAAUUAUUUAGCUGAACUCAGCGAUAUUGAUCCAUUAGUUCCAUUAGAAAAACUCAGUACCUUAAGUUUGAUGUAUAACCCUAUCACCGCAAAACUACAUUAUAGGUUAUACUUGAUAUAUAAAUUACCCCAACUGAAAUUACUUGACUUCCGUAAAAUUAAGAUGAAGGAGAGGGAAGAGGCAGAAAGGUUAUUCAAGAGUAAAAAAGGAAAGGAUAUACAGAAAGAAAUUGUGAAGAGAGCCAAGACAUUUGUACCUGGUGGUAAUGCAAAUAGUAUUGCAAAAAGUAGAGGAUUGACUGAUGAAGAAAUCAAGAAGAUCAGGGAAGCUAUCAACAAAGCCAAUUCACUGCAAGAAGUCGAAAGGUUGCAGAAAAUAUUACAGUCAGGACAAAUACCCGGAAAUGAAUUUAUUCCAAAUUCUCGUCACAAAAAUGGAACAAUGGAUUAUAACUGAAAAAUAAAAGGAGUCAGUUUCAGAAAAAUUUAUCUUUCAGAUUUGGAUUGUGUCAUUUGUGAUCCUUAGCAGUAAGCUUAGAUUAUAAUUCGAUAGCAUAUUUUAUCUCAACUGGGAAAUUUUAAUCAUGUCUAAACAGUCUUAGCCACGUCUCAAAUUAUCAAUCCAUCAGAAAAUGAAUUUUUUGAAUAUUUAUACUCGAUUUUUGUUUUGAAAUGAUACAUUAUUUUCAGGCUUUAUAUACCAUAGUCCGGAAUUAUUUCAUCCUGACCUGUCACUUAUGACUGCAGCAAACAGGGCCCCCGCUACCAUAUGUGCAAAGUGUGCAAUGCACACGGGCGUCAUCCUUUAGGGGCGCCAAAACCCAGGCGUCAAAAAUUUAAAAAUAAUUUGCAAAAAAAAAAUUAAUUUUAAAACAAAAGUUGAGAAAUUAAAUAGGAUUAGGUACAGUAGGAAAAAUGAAAGAAUACCCAUGAACGAACAUAUAAAACACGCUGUAUUUUCCUGUCACCGUGUCACACAAAAAAUUGGCCAGCGCAAGUACAUGUAAUAAUUAUUGUUACAUGUACUUGCACUGGACAAUUUUCUUUGUGACACGGUGACAGGAAAAUACAGCAUGUUUUGUAUGUUCGUUCAUGGGUAUUCUUUCAUUUUUCCGACUGUAUAAAUAUUAAAUACACACGAAACAUAUUUAAAUUAAAUGACAGCGAUCUUUUAAAACGUCGUUUUGUUCUUGAAGAAUGACUGACAGAUCAGGAUAAUAAGGAUAGGUAUAGACUCCAAUGAUUUGUUUAAUGAAAUUAAAAAGUUAUUUUCAUUACCUGAUGAUACUGACCCCUUAAGUCUUUUACAAUAUAUAUUUGAAAACAAUUUAAUCUUCAACCUUCCAAACGUAACCAUUUCACUAAGAAUUCUUUUGACAUUACCUGUAUCUUUAGCUGCUGACGAGCGAUCUUUUCCAAAGUUAAAAUCAUUUGGACAAUGCUUCAAGAACGAUUGCCUAGUCUAGCAAUAUUAGCAAUUGAACAAGACAUUUUUGAUGGUAUAAAUGUUGAGAUGUAAUUGAUGAAUUUGCAACAGCAAAGUUUCAGAAAAUAUCGCUACUACAGCAGCUAUUUUUUAUUUUUCCAUUGUACCUAGAUAUAGCCCAGUAAAUGAACGUGCAAUACGGCGAUACCGUGUAAUUUUCAAGGUGACCAACGAAUUACACGAAAAUUUGGAUGUAGGUUCUACCCUUACCCUCCACCUCAAAGUUGGACUUGUGUCGUUGGUUGCUUUUGCUUGGGGAGUGAAUAUUACCCCUUCUCGGUGGUGAAAAAAUAUAGGUUUAAAAUAAAUCCAAAAAUGAAUAAACUGACUAAUUCUAAGCAAAUUUUGUUCUAUAGAGUUUUGCAACUGAAUCAAUACUUUUUGAGUCAUUUGCGAGUGAAAAUGUUUAUUUUUCAACAAAAAAAAACACGUUUUUAGACGGUUUUUCGUAAAUAAUUCAAAAUCUAAGUAUUUUAUCGAAAUAUAUUGUUAUCAAAAAUGUAGCUUAUAAAAAAACGAAAAAAAUGGUGUAUUCAUGAAGUCUAUAGGCCUAGUAAAAGCAAAAUUGGAGCUCAUGAGAAAAACUUUCUUAUUCGUCAAAUUCCAAAUCGAAUAUUUCAACGUGAAAUAACCAAAAAAAUUUAACACUUUUUGGGAAAAACUCGUUAAAACUUAUUAUGACUUCUAAACUUUAGUUUUUUGCUUUAUUUCAAGAACCUACCUAUCGACCUACCUUCUAAAAAAUCAAUAAAUAAACAUGAACCAAAAUGCCUAAGGGACGCCAAAAUCCUUUUUUUGCACACAGGCGCCAGCAGCUCUUACGGGGGCCCUGGCAGCAAAUAUUAUCAAAAGACAAUGCAGCAAUGGUUGGAGCUUUAGCAUCAGUCAGGAAAAUAACUCUAUCAUUGCUGCAUCGCCUCUGGUGUUUGCCACAAUCGUAGACAAAACAUCAGGAAGAAAUAAUUUCAGAUCACUAUGAAUAAGGCAAUGAAUCAGAAAAUGCAUCAUUAGUAUUUUUUGAGUGUUUGAAACAGGCAUGUAUAAGUAUUUUUCCAGUUGAUUGAUUUUCUCUUUGGUUUCACAAAUAAAAUUUAAAAUACAACAAAUUAUAUGGUCCAAAUUCUGAAGACAAAUCACGGAGAUGUAUGGUAAAGUAUUUUUAAAACAUUAAUGUUAGUUUAACUUCUAAAAACAUUUUCUUCAUUUAUUUGUAAUUUUGUGAUUAGUUGAUAAGAACAUGAUACAUGAUAUGAUACACAAUAAAUUUUUGUACAAAAGGUUGAAAA